CAGAGCAGGAGAGAUAUCUUAGUGUGAUGCAUCUUAAAGCAUAGACGAUCUGUUCCGUGACGCAUGUUUCGCGCGAAACUCAGUUUUGGAAGCUAAAAACAAAUAGCGUCUUUGAAGAAGUUGAAAAUGAGUAAGAAGGAUAACGGCACGUCAGUCAUCCUUGCAUAUCUGAAUGAGAAGAACCGACCAUACAGUUCUCAGGAUGUAUUUUGUAAUUUACAGAAGCAGCAUGGAUUGGGAAAAACAGCAGUGGUCAAAGCUAUGGAUCUGCUGGCUCUAGAGGGCAAGAUAAAGGAGAAAUCAUACAACAAGCAAAAGAUUUAUUUCGCUGAUCAGUCUCAGUUUAAAGACGUGGAUGAUGUAGAACUGAAGGCGAUGGACGCUCAGAUUUCACAGCUCAGCGCAGACGUGCAGUCCAUCACCCAGAGCUGCAGACAGCUGGAUGCAGAGGUGAAGGAGCUUAACAGCGCCCUGAGAACAGAGGAAGUGAUGUCAGAGAUCAAGGAGCUGAAAGCAGAGUGUUCGGGGUACAAAGCGCGUGUGGAGAAAAUAAAGUCGGCCACAAAUCACGUCACACCCGAAGAGAGAGAGAAGGUUUACACAGACCGGAAUGUUUACGUGAAAGAGUGGAAGAAGAGGAAGAGACUGGCUUCAGACAUGAUGGAUUCAAUCCUGGAAGGGUAUCCUAAGAGCAAAAAGCAGUUCCUGGAGGAAGUUGGAGUUGAGACCGAUGAGGACUGUAAGGUGGUCGUUCCAAGUACUUGAAAUGUCUAAAAAAAGCUUGUUCCUUCGGCUUAGCCACACUUAGCUGAGAAUAUAGCUCACACCUCAGAGCAGUACGGGCCACAGUGUAUUGUUUAUGUAUAGUUGUACAUCUUUAACAAAAGAAUAUAUAUACAAAAGAAGCUUCGAGCGAGACUCAAACGUGGAAUUUCUAGAUUUACACAUGCUUGUCACCUUAUAGUUGGUUUAUUUGACCCUUUUUAAAUAAAAGCCAUGAAAGCAAUCCUGAGUUCUGAGGAAAAUGACAUUGAAUUAGUUAUUAGCUUUGAGAGCUGUAUGUUAUUUUUCAUGUUAUAAUCCAUAUUGUUCCCUAUUUUUGGAAAACUGUAAAUAAAAGACCUUAAGGGAUUAUGGCAGGUUGUCAUGUUUUUCCCUCUUGUUUUGGUACUGUUUCUGGACUAUGUAAUGCUUCCAAGUUAUUACAUGUUCAUGAUAGUACUUGUCGUCAAUGAAGUGCCAACAGAUAUUCUCAAGUUCUUACUCGACUAUAUUCAAACUAUUUAACAGGUUUUUGUAGCUGGAUGUUAGCCAUUUGUAUGAUCUGUCCUUUUCAGCUGCACUUCAUUUCCAUUCUACUUAAAACAGGACAAUCGUUUAAUGUGUUUUGAUUUGUGGAUUUCACUUUCAAUGUGUAUUUACAGUAGAUUACAUUUAUAACACAACAAAUAACAAGGCAACAAGACAGUCAACAAAUAAAUGUCCCUGUGAUUAAAGCAACAACACUGACUUGAAAUUGAAAUAUCAAGGAUUACAUUUCAAACAACUUAAUUUUAAGACUGCUUAUUGUAGACCACAGAAGAUUGCAGAAUCGACACUUUUCAUUGAACAUCUCCUGAAAAUGUUUCAUAGACAUUGAAUAACUAACUAUACAGAAUCUCCUCCCAAUGUGCGUUGAAGUUCAUAUUUUAUAAAUAAUUUUCUAAAAUGGUUUAUGCUGCCUACAUUGCAUAACUGUCAUCCAUGAGAUGUAAGCAUACAUGUCAUCUUGUGACAGAUACAUUAACGAACAAUGCACAUAAAAGUAAAAGUUUUUCAAACGUAAUAGUGUAUUCCCGUUUCCAGUUAGGAGAAACCCUCCAGUAGUAUAGCAUUAGCAUGUUGUGCUCCAGAGAGGUAUGGCUGACUCACAUGUGUGCACUGAAGCCGAGCAGCCAUUAGCACCAGGACUUGGCUAA